GCACCACCCGAUCUCCCCGGGAAGGAGAAGUGCCUGGCGUGGAUUACAGCUUCCUGACUGUGAAGGAGUUCUUGGAUCUCGAGCAGAGCGGGACUCUUCUGGAAGUUGGCACCUAUGAAGGAAACUAUUAUGGGACACCCAAACCUCCCAGCCAGCCAGUCAGUGGGAAAGUGAUCACAACGGAUGCCUUGCAAAGCCUUCAGUCUGGCUCCAAGCAGUCGACCCCGAAGCGCACCAAGUCCUACAAUGACAUGCAAAAUGCUGGCAUAGUCCCCGCGGAGACCGAGGAGGAGGAUGACGUUCCUGAAAUGAACAGUAGCUUUACAGCCGAUUCUGGGGACCAGGACGAGCACCCUCUCCAAGAAGCAGCUCUUGCGCCUGUGAAUAGUAGCCUCGUUGCUGCUCCCAUCACGGACCCUUCUCAGAAGUUCCCUCAGCACCUACCUCUUUCCGCAGAGGAUAAUCUAGGUCCUCUGCCUCAAAACUGGGAGAUGGCCUAUACCGAAAAUGGAGAAGUCUACUUUAUAGACCAUAACACAAAAACAACGUCUUGGUUAGACCCUCGGUGCCUGAACAAACAGCAGAAGCCUCUAGAAGAGUGUGAAGAUGAUGAAGGGGUACACACCGAGGAGCUGGACAGUGAACUAGAACUGCCUGCUGGUUGGGAAAAGAUCGAAGAUCCUGUCUAUGGUGUCUACUAUGUAGACCACAUCAACAGGAAGACUCAGUAUGAGAACCCAGUUCUAGAAGCCAAACGGAAGAAGCAGCAGCAGCAACAGCAGCAGCAGCAGCAGCAGCAAUCCCAGCAGCCGCCACCCCCAGAAGAGUGGACAGAAGAUCAUUCAUCCCUCGUGCCUCCUGUUAUUCCAAACCACCCCCCAAGCAAUCCGGAGCCAACCAGGGAAGCUCCACUUCAGGGCAAACCCUUUUUUACACGAAACCCUUCUGAGUUGAAAGGCAAGUUCAUCCACACGAAGCUGCGGAAAAGCAGUCGCGGCUUCGGCUUCACGGUAGUUGGCGGGGACGAACCGGACGAGUUCCUCCAGAUCAAGAGCUUGGUCCUGGACGGUCCUGCCGCCCUGGAUGGCAAGAUGGAAACAGGCGAUGUCAUCGUCAGCGUGAACGACACCUGUGUCCUGGGACACACGCACGCGCAAGUUGUGAAAAUCUUCCAGUCUAUCCCCAUUGGUGCCAGCGUGGACCUUGAACUCUGCCGAGGUUACCCGUUGCCUUUUGACCCAGAUGACCCCAACACCAGUUUAGUGACCUCGGUGGCUAUUUUGGACAAAGAGCCCAUUAUCGUGAACGGACAGGAGACCUACGAUUCCCCGGCGAGCCACAGCAGUCAAACAGGCAAAGCCAGCAGCAUGAGGGACGCCAGGCCCAGCAGCCCCGCGGACGUGGCCUCCGCGGGCUCCCACGGGUACCCCAGCGACACCGUGUCCUUGGCCUCGUCCAUCGCCACGCAGCCGGAGCUCAUCACCGUGCACAUCGUCAAGGGGCCCGUGGGCUUCGGGUUCACCAUCGCCGACAGCCCGGGCGGCGGGGGCCAGAGAGUGAAGCAGAUCGUGGACGGCCUGAGGUGCCGGGGCUUGAAAGAAGGGGACCUCAUCGUGGAGGUCAAUAAGAAGAACGUGCAGGCCUUGAGUCACAACCAGGUGGUGGAUAUGCUCAUCGAGUGUCCCAAGGGAAGCGAGGUCACCCUGUUGGUGCAGCGAGGAGGGCUGCCCGUUCCCAAGAAGAGCCCAAAGUCGCAACCACUGGAAAGGAAAGACAGCCAGAGUAGUUCUCAACACAGCGCUUCCAGCCACCGGAGCCUGCACACGGCGUCCCCGAGUCACAACACGCAGGUGCUCCCCGAGUACCCACCUACCGAGGCUCCCGCUCCAGAUCAGACCGACAGCUCUGGGCAGAAGAAACCAGAUCCUUUUAAAAUCUGGGCCCAGUCCAGGAGCAUGUAUGAAAACCGACCUAUGUCACCUUCGCCUGCAUCGGGAUUGAGCAAGGGGGAAAGAGAGAGAGAAAUCAGUUCCACGAAUUUUGGAGAAUGUCAGAUUCCCGACUACCAGGAACAGGACAUCUUCCUCUGGAGAAAAGAGACUGGAUUCGGAUUUAGGAUUCUAGGUGGAAAUGAGCCCGGGGAACCUAUUUAUAUCGGUCACAUCGUACCACUGGGUGCUGCUGAUACAGACGGCCGCCUGAGGUCUGGCGAUGAAUUAAUCUGUGUGGAUGGGACACCAGUAAUCGGAAAAUCACACCAGCUCGUGGUCCAGCUUAUGCAACAAGCUGCCAAACAGGGCCACGUCAAUCUCACAGUGCGGCGAAAAGUGGUGUUUGCUGGUACGUUUUCUCAUUCAUUCCUCCUGUGCUCUGUCAUUUCUGUGUCUGCCUCCUCAAGCUUCUAUUUUAACAAAUGUUUGCAAAUUAAAAAAAAACAAAACUUAAAACUCAAUAUCAAAGCAGGCAAUGCAUGUGUGGCUAUGCCUCACAAAAUAGGUCGGAUUAUUGAGGGGAGCCCUGCUGACCGCUGUGGCAAGCUGAAAGUAGGAGACCGGAUCUUGGCAGUAAAUGGAUGUUCCAUCACCAACAAAUCCCAUUCAGACAUUGUCAACCUAAUCAAGGAAGCAGGAAACACAGUUACCCUCCGCAUCAUUCCUGGGGAUGAGUCCUCAAAUGCCACCUUGCUGACCAAUGCAGAAAAGAUUGCCACCAUCACCACCACACACACCCCUUCUCAGCAGGGGGCCCAGGAGACAAGGAACACCGCCAAACCAAAGCCGGAAUCUCAGUUCGAGUUCAAAGCUCCCCAGGCUACCCAGGAGCAAGAUUUUUACACUGUGGAACUGGAAAGAGGAGCCAAGGGAUUUGGCUUUAGUCUUCGAGGGGGUCGAGAAUAUAACAUGGACCUCUAUGUUCUGCGCUUAGCAGAGGAUGGUCCUGCAGAAAGAUGUGGAAAGAUGAGGAUUGGUGAUGAAAUUCUAGAGAUCAAUGGCGAGACCACCAAAAACAUGAAGCAUUCUCGGGCCAUUGAACUGAUUAAGAAUGGUGGCCGCAGAGUUCGUCUGUUUCUGAGGCGGGGAGACGGCUCGGUCCCGGAAUAUGACCCCAGCAGCGACCGGAACGGCCCCUCCACCGGUGCACAAGGCUUUCCGGAAGUGAGGGCCGGACCGGAAGUGAGGGCCGGACCGUCCGGCCGCCAGCACCCAUCAUUGGAGUCCAGUUACCCACCCGACGUUCACAAAUCAUCACCACAUGGGGAGAAGCGGGCACACGUGAGAGACCCAAAAGGCAGCCGAGAGUACAGCAGACAACCCAAUGAACACCACACCUGGAAUGGAACUUCCCGAAAACCCGACGGCGGGGCCUGCCGACCCAAGGACCGGGCGUCCGAGGGACGCCGAGACGCGCAGGCCGAGCGGAUGGCGACCAACGGGCCCAAGAGGAGGUCCCCGGAGAAGCGCCGGGACGGCACGCGCAGCGCCGACACCACCCUGGAGAGGAGGGAGAAGCCCGAGAAGAGGCGGGAGGGGUCUCCCGAGCGCCGGCGAGAGCGGUCCCCCACGCGCCGAAGGGACAGCUCGCCCAGCCGGCGGCGGCGGUCCCUCGAAAGACUCCUGGAUCCCAGAAGGUCCCCGGAGCGAAGGAGAGUGGCCUCGCCCGAGAGGAGGGCCAAGUCCACCGAUCGCAGACGGGCCCGGUCCCCCGAGCGCCGUCGAGAGCGUUCGCUGGACAAAAGGAGCCGAGAGGACCGAGGUGGCCACCGCGAGCGGGAAGAGGCGACUCUGAAACAGGAAUUGGGCAGAAGUUCCAGAAAUCCCCCGGAGCAGAGGAGGCGACCUUAUAAAGAAUGUAGCACCGACCUCAGUAUCUGAGACACGCAUUCCAACCUUUACCAUGUCAAAGGUUCUAAGAGGAAGGUCACAAACCUGAGAUAAUUUAGUUUUCUUACCUUAGGAAGCAUCUCUGACACCUGGUGAUCCUAUGAAUAGCUACAAACAUUUUAUGCAUUUGAGAUCUUCUAAGAAAAAAAAUUAUAUAUGAAAAGUCUUGUGCCUGAUGUAUAAAAAUUAAAGAAAGUAUUUUUAAAUGCAUACUUUUUUUGGAAAUUAUUUGCCAAAUACUGGCCCAAAGGGAUAUAGAUUUUGUUUCUACAGAAGGCGUAGAAUUGUCAAGAAUUUUUUUUCCCUUUUUUGGGGGGCAAUCUUUUUCUCUCCUGUUAAAAUGGGGUGGUUGGUCAUGUUUCUCUUUAAGGACGGGAAAUUAUUAAGUUUAAUUAAUGAUCGAGACUGUUAUAUAGUGGUGUAGUGCUAUACUGUAGACAGGAGUUUUUCUUCAAAGCAAAAAGGCAAACUUCUAUUUGUAAAAACUGGGGACCUCUUGGGAUGAAUUAGGAUUGCCAAUGAUCCUAAAAAUUAAGCAAACUGUAAUGACAAGACUACUAUUGCAAAUGAAGGAUAUUUAUAGCUUUUUAAACUGCGGCAGCACAAAGAAAUUUUUUUUUUGUCCUUGGGUUAGAAUUGAUUCAAAACAGUUUGUACUCUCUCUGGCCCAGGAAGGCACAGAGACAAGAAGGUUGGCCGCCAUUACCCAAACACAGCCUAAGCACAGAUUGUCAGGUUCAUUAGCAUCUCCCCCAUGGAAUAAGAUCUCAUUUAAGGCAGUGCCAUGGCAGCCUUACUCAACUACUAGAAGGAACAGACAACCUACACCUGUGUUGUCUAGCCGGUGGUCUGAUUUGAAGCUGAAUAUCUGAUGGAAUGUAGGACAGUGUGCUGGGUAUGAGGGAGACAUAAAUAUCACCACGAUGAAAAGUAUGGCCCCCUUUUUUGCAUAGUCCAUGAUUGCCCUUUGCCAAAUUAGGGAGGAAGGAGUGACGUUUGGUGGAUGAAAUUCUCUUUUGAGAAUUUAAAGAAAUGACAGCUGGGGCUGCUCAUUCAUAGAAAUGCCAAUUGCACUUUGAAACCAUAACGUUUUUAGGUUGGUCAAAGGGGAAGCAAGGAAGUGAUCCCAGUGGUUCUAGUUCUGGUUGGGAAACCUCUGCCCUCAUGACCCUGUCCUUUAGUCUUUGGACAGCAGAACAAAAAUAAUGAUUUUUCUUUUUUACAAGGCCCAUUCUUCCUGAAACCCUCAGGUGGUGUGGUUGGGUCGGCUGUAGCCCCAGGAUGUGGUUUAAAUGGAUUACUGCCUAGCUGAGCCAAAACGUUUGCUUGUACCUGUUGGACCACUACAGCAAACCGCUGCUUACAGUGCAUUGUGUAUUUCUGUAGUACUGUUUUGCAUUUUCCGUACAGACACAAAACUUUGCAAGUCAAUCACUGUUGUUCCCAUGGUACUGUAUUGAAAAAAAAAUGAUUAAAAAAAAAAAGACAGCCAGCCAAUCAUUGUGUGUACAGAGUUAAAAAUUGUAAUUAAUAGAGCCUGUUGAAAAAAAAAUGUUGCCUUUUUUUCUUGUAUAAAAGAGAAUUUAUGACAAAAAUUUAGCUGUGAGGAAUGUGAUAUGUGUUUAUAUUUCUGAAUAUGAACAAAUUGAUUCAUGGGGAUAUAUUUUAAUGUAAACUAAAUCAGGUAUGUAAAGUUGUUUUAAAAUGGAAGACUAUAUAAGUAAUUCUCUAAAGCUUUAGUUGGUUUGGGAUAUCAUCAUUUCUUCCAUGGUGAGCCUGCUUGUGAAUUAUUAAGCACUUGUUUGCAUUCUCUGUUCUUCACUCAUUUAUUUCUUACAGUGUGCUAUGGACUUAAUGCUCUUUCUGUAUUGAUGAAAAGCAGUAUGUGGGCCAAUCUUUUUAUAAAACACUAUGCAUAUAUAAAUAUUACAUUGUUCAUAGCUUUAUUUGAUUUAUGGGUUUAUACACAACACUAGAAUGAAUAGCUAUAGUAGUGUGGACAUUUACAAAACAAGUUCCUUUCCUGGAACAGAAACAAUGUACAUUCUGUAGCUAAAAAGGAGGGGAAAAGUCUGUGGAUGCUAUUUUUAUUAUCCGAGUUUUCCAUGCAAAGCUUACAUUGAGCUGUAGGAGGAAGACUGAGGAAGAGUACAACUGAAUAAUGAUGUUUUUUCCGUCAAUUUCCUAAGAGCCAACUUGGAGAUUUUAUUCCUAAGGCUGCAGUGCUAGGAUUUUUCUCACUAGUUCUAGCACAACCUGAGAUGUGAAAUGACUGACACUCUCAUUUGGGGUCCAGGGUUUUAAAUAAUUGAAAUCAAGGUGCAUUUUUGGAGUGUAUCCUUAAGUUAACAUCUUGACUGUCUUGCUUGUUGUAAGAGAUAUUUGACAUGUUAAAAAUCUGUGCUACCGCCCCAGCUUGUCUCAGUUCAUGAGGACUUUUGGUGUGGUAAUUUCACCUUAGUUCCACACAUCAGAUUUGCUUUGAAAAUAUUGUACUGUACAGGGACUAUGCAUUAAGCAGAAAGAUUUAGUUUUCUUUGAACUACUGUAACCUUAAAUUGGAAACUGAUUCUUGUGAGCCUACUUUCCCUAACACCCCACUCCAUGUAAAUGUGUUGAUGAGCGAUGAUGGAUGAGAAUUUUGUAUGACUUAAACCAUUUAGGAAUUCCCCUCCCUCUUUUACACAGUUGAUGCCUGAAAGAAUGUUGGGGAGCAGAGUCAACACCCUACUUGUAUUUUUUAAGUUUCUUUUGUGAAAGAUUUUUUAAUGCAUUUUUACUGUAAAAAUACAUGGAAAUGUAUGCAUUCCAUAACCAC